AUGAGGAGCCCAAGUUGUGACAGUACUGACGUGAGCACGAAAUCGGUGACUGAAGCUCAGCAGAAAACGUACUUCAUUACAGCACCCAAAGUUCUACGAUUAGAUGCAUCAGAGACUGUGGUGGUGCAGUUGUUCGGCUAUGACCAAGAAACCACAGUGACCCUUGAACUUAAGGACAGUCUGGGCUCUGAAGGCAGAAUUUUUGCAUCUCAGACUCUCAACCUCAAUGCCAAAAAUAAUUACCAAGCUGCAGCUACUUUACGGGUUUUCCCAAACAUUGAGAAAAAGGUCACUCAUCUCCACCUACAGGCCAAAUCUACUUCCUUCACCAAGGAUAUAAGAAUACCAGUCAUUCGUAACAAUGGUUUUCUCUUUAUCCAGACUGAUAAACCACUAUACACGCCUGAACAGCAAGUUGCAGUGCGAGUGUACUCUUUGAGUGAGGAGCUGAGAAAGAGUAGUAGGCCUGUUCUCCUCACAUUCAAGGACCCAGAUGGCAUCAAAGUGGAAAUUAUUGAGAUGAAUGACAUCAUUGGUGUGAAACCAUUGCUUCCACCAUUCAAAAUACCCUUGAAACCUAAGUUUGGGGUCUGGAAAAUUGAGGCCACUUAUAUUACUAACUUCACUACAACUGCUGUGGCUGAAUUUGAGGUCAAAGAAUAUGUAUUACCCAGCAUCUCAGUCUUCAUCCAGCCAGAAGCAAACUUCAUCAGCACAGCAAACUUUGAGGCCUUCAAACUGAAGAUAUUUGCCAAAUAUGUCGGUGGGAAACCAGUCAGUUCAGCAAAUGUCUACAUACGGUUCGGAUACAUCAAUAAUCAUGAUGUGGUCAUGAUACCAUCAACAUUAAACCUCUAUAAGAUGGAAGAUGGUGAAGUGGAUAUUGUGUUAAACAUCAAGCAUGCUCUGUCCAGGGUAGGUUCUGGGCCUCAGAACCUGUGGGAAAUGAACAAUCAUUUCCUCCGUGUGGUUGUUUUGCUAAAGGAGACUACCGGUGGUAUCUCCCAGGAGGCAGUUCUGUCACAUUUGAAAUUUGUUCUUGGUCCGUUUACCCUGAGUCUGACUGCAACUCCUCCUUUCAUCAAGCCAUCUUUACCAUACAUCAUCAGAGUUUUGGUGAAGGACCCACAAGGUAAAUCACUGACAGGAGUGCCAGUAAAGGCAAGAGCAACAAUAACUAACAAUAAUCAUGAACAGCAAGAGUUCAAAUUCCAAGGACAUCUAAAUGAAAUCAGACAGAUAUCCAGUCGUGAUGGUGCUGUAAAUUUUGUUUGCAAUAUUCCACAUGAUGCUGAAAGAGCUGAAUUUACUUUUGUAACAGAUGAUGAAAAAUAUCCACCAGAGAACCAGGCUCAGCUUAAACUCAGCGCUGUGGCCUACAAGUCUGUCAAUCAGCGCUAUCUGUAUAUCAAUUUGCCUUCAGAUGCCACAGCUUUUGAGGUAGACACGUACGCCGAUAUCUUAAUCCACUUUAAUUAUCGUCAAUAUCUUCCACUGAAGACAUUCAGUUACCAGGUCAUUUCAAAGGGGAAAGUGAUAAAAUUUGCCACAGAACAGAAGAUAACUGGCCAGGUCCAGAGCAUCCAAUUUAAGGUGACUUCAAACAUGGUGCCAUCUGCUCGCCUGGUGGUCUAUUAUAUCCUUUCUGGAGAGGAGAGAGCUGAAUUGGUUGCAGAUUCUGUGUGGUUCGACGUCAAGGCCAAAUGUGUCAACAAUUUAGAUGUGAACCUGUCAGCUCAAGAUAAGGACUACAAACCUAAAGACAAGCUGACACUAUCAGUGAAGACUAAGAGCCUAAACGAAAAGUCACUGGUGGCGCUGUCAGCCAUAGACACGGCCCUGUACAACCUCAGAACCAAUGACAAAGACCCACUAAACAAGGUACUGCAGCAAUUUGAAAAUAGUGACCUAGGAUGUGGAGAAGGAGGAGGCCAAAAUAACGCUGAUGUCUUCAGCCGUGCUGGACUGACUUUUCUUACAAAUGCAAAUGUUGAGGCCUUCAAUGCAGAUGAGACCUGCACAGCUGUGGUCAGACCCAAACGCUCCACGCUUUCAGUCAUGGAGAUGGAAGAAUAUGCCAAUAAAUACAAUAAAUACAAACCAUGCUGCCUGAAGGGACUGAACACCAUCCUGGAUCUUGACACCUGCCUAGCUGCAACCAAGAAAUUUUUGACUCUAUACAAACAGUGCAAGAGAGCUUUCUUUGAACACUGUAACUUUUCUGAAAAGCAUUGGAUAGAAAAUAAGGAUCUAGUCCUUCCUCGAUAUCCAGGUAUUCUUUGUUUGCUUGGCAUAAUGAAAAACUUGAGUUUUAUGGAAAUGUGGCAUUCUGAUGAUUCAUCAGAGUUGAACUUUGACAUACGCUUGACUGAUGUCCAGACAGAGCACUCCAAUCUCUUUCUUCAUGAAAGAUUGGAGGAAUAUGCUAAGAAAUAUGAUAAUUAUGAAUCAUGCUGCUUGCUGGGAAUUAACAGUAGUCAGACUCAGGAGACCUGCUGGGAUCGGAGCAAUAAAUUACAAACCAAUGAUGAACUGUGUAAGAUAGCGUUCCAUGAAUGCUGCCUCUUUGCUGAAAAUCAUCAGACAGAAAAUGAGAGUAUGGUCACGCUUGCUCAUUCAGGGCUCCAAGUUGACACCCCUUCUGCUGUCCGGAAAAAGCGCUCUGUUCUCCUUCUGAGUGAAAAGUUUGAGGAAAAUGCUAAGAAAUAUCAAAAAUUUAAACCAUGUUGUCUGGCGGGAACUGAUAGUAGCCCAACUCUGGAGACCUGCCUGGAUCGUGCCCGGAAAUUACCUACCGAUCACAUAAAUUGUAAGAGAGCAUUCCGUGAAUGUUGCGUCUUUGCUGAAACACUUCGGGCAGAAAGUGAUGGUGUCAGCCUCGCUCGUUCAGAAAUAGAUUUUCUGCUGGAUGUGAAGGUAGAGCAGGUCCGCAGCUACUUCCCAGAGAGCUGGUUGUGGGAGGAACAUGAAACUGAGAGGUCUGGACUGGUCACUAAAGUUCUUCCUGAUUCUCUGACUACAUGGGAGGUCAGAGCUGUUGGGGUGUUCAACAAUGGAAUAUGUGUCGCAGAUCCCCUGCAAGUGUCAGUUCAGCAGGCAGUGAGUGUAGACGUGCCUCUGCCUUACUCUAUAGUGCGUGGGGAGCAGAUUGAGAUCAAAGGCUCAGUCUACAAUGAAUAUGAUAGAGAUACAACAUACAGUGUAACUUUGUCGGCAUCAGAGGGUGUGUGUGUGUUUCGUGGAACUCUUCUGACAGAUGAUGGUUACCAACAAUUAAACGAAGGCAGGAUUGAGGGCCAUUCUGUGGCACUUGUCCGGUUCGUCAUCAUGGCAGUAGAAGUGGGCAGUCAUAAACUCAGCUUCACUCUUAAAACCAGGUGGGGAAGCGAGACAGUGGUCAAGACACUGAGAAUAGUGCCAGAGGGCAUUAGGAAAGAACUUUUCAUUGGACGCAGAAUUGAUCCACAUGGCAUCUAUGGCAUACCUGUGACACGUAUUGAGCUCAGAAACUCUCUACCUCCAAAGGUUGUGCCCAAGUCCUCUGUGGAACGUCUGCUAACAGUAAACGGUGAGGUCCUGGGAGAGUUGCUGUCCAUCAUUAUAAACCCAAAAGGGAUCAUACAGUUGACUAGCCUGCCCAGAGGCUCCGGAGAGGUGGAGCUUAUAGGUCUUCUUCCCAUCUUCUAUGUGUAUGAUUAUAUUGAGCAGUCUGAGCAGUGGGGAAAGAUAAAGGAAUUUGGAAACACCAUUCUUCUAAAGAGAAAGCUAAAACAAGGUAUCACCAGUGUUCUGUCAUUUAAGACUAAGGGGGGGAAUGGUUUCAGUUUAUGGAAGAACAAAGGACCCAGCACAUGGCUGACUGCUCUGGUGGUGAAGACUCUGGCCUCUGUGGACAAAUAUGUCACAGUAGAUCACGACGUGCUGUCCGGCACCAUCCACUGGCUGAUUACAAAUUGUCAGAAACCAGAUGGCUCUUUUAGUGAGAUAUCCAGCUACAAGCCUACAAAGCUCAUGGGUGCAGGUGCAGACGUCACUGAACAGUCUGUGUUUCUCACAUCGUUUGUAGUAAUUGGGAUCAAAAAUGCCUUGACAAUUCCCAAGUCCAACUUGGAGCGGUAUGCACAUGCUGUGGAGAAGGCGACACACUACUUGUCCUCACAAAUGACAAAGCUGAAAAGUUUAUAUGUGAGAGCCAUAGCAGCAUAUGCCCUAACCCUUGUUGACCUCAACAACCAACAUGCAGUCAUACUUUAUGAAAAGCUUAAAAAAGAGUCACAAAUUAAAGGAAACCCAGUAAUUGUUCGGUUUUGGGAAGAGAAUGAAGCCCCUCAAGACCCAUUAAAGCCAAACAGGGCCUCUGCACUGUCAGUGGAGACCACUGUCUAUAUGCUGCUCAACACUUUACUCAGAGGAGACACAACAUAUGCCAAGCCAAUCAUCCAAUGGCUCACUGAUGAUCAACGAUAUGGAGGAGGUUUCCACUCAACUCAGGACUCUAUUCUAACACUGGAGGCAUUGACCAAAUACAGUAUCUUAGUUCGGAGAGCCGUUUUACAAAUGGAGGUUGAUGUGUCAUACCGGAAGAAAGGCAGUAUUGGCCGUGUUACUCUGACCCAGAGUAACCCUGUGGGCAAACCCAUUGAGAUAGAACAUGCUGAUGAUGUUAUACUGAAAACAGGAUACAGCAGAGGGGUGUCAUUUGCUAAUUUGAGAACAGUGUAUUAUGAAACAACAGAGAGUAACAAUAAUUGCAACUUUGACAUAACAAUAGAUGUUCUUCCCCAAAACCCAAAUUCAAGAGAUCCCAUUCUUCUCUUACCGCGGAUAGUUGCCUGUGCCAAAUAUAAGCCACGUAAAAAUGAGGUUGAGAAUGAAGCAAGUCACACAGUAAUGGAAAUUAAUCUGCCCACUGGUGUGAGGCCAAUCCAAGAGGAUCUAAAUAGGUUUAGGGAUGGACUCGAGAGUCGUAUUUCUGACUAUGAAAUAAUAGACAACCAAGUGAUUCUCCAGAUGGAUUCUAUACCCUCAGAGGAGCUCUACUGUGUGGGCUUCCGUAUUCAGGAGGUGUUUAGAACUGGCAUGAACAGUGCCUCUGUGUUCAAAGUGUAUGAGUAUCAUGAGCCAGACAGUCAGUGUACAAAGUUCUACUACAGUCAGAGGCGCAGACUUCUCCGUCUCUGUGACAGAGACCAGUGUCGGUGCAUGGCAGCUGAAUGUUGCAAGUUCAAGUCCAGCAUUGAUCCUAAUCUUACUGUUGAACAGAAAAUACAUGACGUGUGCAAAGGCAACAUCAAAUAUGUUUUAAAAGUGAAAAUAACAUCAGUUGAAGCAGAAGGUGAUUUUCUGACAUACAAUGCAAAUGUGGAAUCAGUCAUUGAAAAAGGGUCAUUCGACAUUACGAGAUCAGGUGAGGUCAGCUUUGUAAAGAAGGCAACUUGCACCUCAACAAAUUUAGAAAUUGGCAAGCAGUACCUGAUUAUGGGCACAGAGAUCAUGCAGCUUCGAGUAAACCGUAGUUACAAAUACAAGUUUCCACUGGACUCACAAGCUUUGGUGGAAUGGUGGCCAUCGGAUUCUGACUGCCAAACCAGCUCUUGCAAAAAAUAUACCAGUGUUUUAAGCAAUUUUGAAUUUGAUUACCUUACUGGUGGCUGCCUUUAGGGUGGCUGCUCUAUAUUUAUAACAUCUGUAUUUUCAUUCAUCCUGGAGCAUUCUGGCAUUUGUUGACGAUAUGUUGAAAACAGUGCCUGUUUUGGAAUGGCUAUGGAAAUUAUAUUGCAUAUAAUUUACUCAUAAUCUAUAUAUUACAUAUAAAAUGAUCUACACAGACAUUGGAACAACAUUAACAUCAUAAGCAACAUCAGGGCAUGUCACUGUGAAAUGUAUUAAAAUGUUUUAACGUUACACUUCAUUUUAAUGCAAGUUUUGAUUAACUAGUCCCUUUAACCCGUUGGAGCACCAUAAAUGUAAUUCAUCCGAACAUGACAGAAAAUAUUACAUACGUUUUCUCAAAUAUUUUGGGCAAUAACAAGAGUAUUAUCCUUUAGCAAAAGGUAUUGUCACAGGCUAAUUAGGUAUUGUGUAGGCUAAUUAUGUCAGGCCUUUGACAUCAAUAAAGUUUUUCAGGUCUUAUGCCUAAUACCCUCAUGCUGCUUGUCGUAAAAAUCAGGUGUAUACAGUUCCUACUUGAUAUUUCUGAUCUCCACAUAUUUGUUCUACAAAUGACAGAAUCAACUAUACAGGCUAACUAAGAAAACAUAUCAGGUUUUGUGAUUAUCCCACAUGCACUAAAUGGGCAAAUGUUUGUGGACACCUGACCACCAUAUGUGGUACUCCUUCAGACUGUUACCACAAAAGUUGGAAGCACACAGUUGUACAGGCUGGAACUUGAGUGGCCUACGUAGAUGCCUGACCUCAAUCCCAAUGAAUACCUUUCGAUUACGUUCAUUAUGUCUUAUAUUAAAUAUAGUUAGUUUUUUUUUUUCUU